GUACAAUUCUAUCUAGAAGAACCUUAUUACAAGUCAUUGCAAAAAUUAUAAAUAUGCAAACAAAUCCAUAUAUAAAUAAAUACCUUUUUAUUCAUUCAUUCAUCUCUAUCUCAUUUCUUCCUUUUUUUUUUCAUCACCAACAAAAAAUAACUCUCUUUUCUUAUUCUUUUUCAUUUGUGUUUCGAUUUGGUUUAGUUGUGUUGAUGAUGAGGCUUGAAACGGUGCCGUUUACGCGUGUGGGUUCACGCACUUCGGUUUUAUUCGACGCGCCGAGGGAUCAUGAGGUGUGCAGUACGACGUCGUCUUCUUCGAUCGGGAGAAACAGUGAUGACGUGUCAUCGGAGAGAUCAAUGGAUGAGAGUGUAAAUGGUGAAAAUGAAGCUGAGAGUGCUUACAAUGGUGGAGCUUUACAUCACAUGGAAGCUUUGGAAGAGGUUCUUCCUAUUAGGAGAGGCAUCUCAAACUUUUAUAAUGGCAAGUCCAAGUCCUUCACAAGCCUAGCUGAUGUUAUCACAACCCCAUCAGUGAAAGACAUUGUGAAACCAGAUAAUGCAUACACAAGGAGACGUAGGAAUUUAAUGGCUUUCAAUCAUGUUUGGGACAAGAAUAAAAACUACCCUUUGAGAAGCAAUGGUGGAGGAAUUUCUAAGAGAACAAUGAGUUUGAGUAGAAGUGCUUUAGCUCUUGCAGUGGCAUUGACCAAUUCUGAUAGCAGCUCUAGUAUUACAAGUGAAGAUUCUUUUUCCAGUUCAAACUCUCUGUCACCUUCACCUUCGCUUCCACCACUUCAUCCGCGAAAUAGAGUAUCUUCUUUAUCGUCUUCUUUGCAGCGGAAUUUCUUUUCCUUGGCCGAUCUUCAUAAUUGUGCUAUUGCUGCAACAAUGAAGAUGUCAAGUUCAUCAAUUGAAAAUGAAACAGCUCAUCCAUCAGUGUACAAACCUUUAUGAUAACUCAAAAAAUGUGUUCAUUAACUUUUUUUUUCUUUUCUCAUCUGGAUGAGUAUAUAUUGCUCUAGUUCUAUUUGUUUGAGCGAGGAAGAAGUUGUAGAAUCAAAUCAUAGAUAAGUCUUUUUGGCGUAUGAUUUCUUCAGAUUAACUAUAUAUAUAGUAUAUGAUAUAUAUAAUGAUUGUACAUGAAUCACUGGGUUUAUAACCUUAGUGUUAGUCUUCUUAAAUUUGCUUACUCAAUGAUAAAAUUUUCCAUGUAACCAAA